AUGCAGGGACCGAAGUUGAGUUUUAAGGCUCUGAGUGAACAAGAUGUGAAGACUGGAGAGAAGCAUAAUACGCAUGAUCACACUUACCCCAGCGCCCAAUUUUACGGGGUAAGUGUUAGUCACGUAUCGACAUUGGCUGUGGAUGUCAUGGUGGGCACUGCAAACCUCUCAUCCGGUGGAACUCUCAUUCCAGCUGACUAUUGGAGGAUUCACCCUAAUUGGAUUCCAGGCGGCUUCUUCAAUGGAUAUGACAUCGCUCUUAUUCAUCUGUCCACCCCUUUGACCUUCAGCGACUCCAUUCAGCCGAUCUGCUAUCCAGAAUCAGACGACGUUCUGGGAUCGGCCAUUUCUGCAUGCGACCGGAAAUUCUACGGCUGGGGCUACAGAUAUCCAAACGUUUCAUCUCCAAUUGAUAUUUUGCAGAAACUGGAUGUCACUCUUACCGAGUCCACCACGGCUUGUACCAACUUAACCGAUGGUAGAGUUAUAUGCAUCAAAGGAGAACCUCCAUCCAGUUCACUCUGCAACUGCUCCCAGGAAGCCCCGAUCAUUGAUUCAAAGUUGAAAAGGUGUGGAUUGAUUGUAUCAAUAGUGACGGUUUGA